UGAUAUACGUUCGUCCUUUCCGUUCCUCGGUUUCUCUGCCGUGGGCACACGAGUGGCUGGACCACCGAUACGGAUUCGAUCCGUCCCGUAUCUUUCACGCGAUCUCGCACGUGUUUUUCAAAGCCCCCCCGAUGUCUUUCCCGCGGACGUGUCGUUCCUCGUGGUGAGUCGGUGAUACGUUAAACGCGGCCGACAGAAGGCAGGCUCUCGGAGACGAGGGAGGACGAGCGCAUUUACUCCGCACGUCGUCGACCCCCGUCGUUCGUCACGUCGCGGUCGUCGCGUCGCGCCGCGCGUAUUCGCCGCUUCAACUCGGUCCACCGCGAGUAAUCGCAAGAGCCGCGGACGAGGUCAACGAGAUAGAGAGAGUGAGAGAGAGAAAGAGAGAGAGAGAGAGAGAGGGCCUGGCCAUCUUGGAUGAGACAUGUCGCUUUGGGGUAAACGUCAACGGCACAGUGUUUACCGUGCGACGAACGCCCGCGCUGGCUCCCUCUAAUAACGACACCGUCUGAGACGGGCAUCCCCCGCGCUCGAUCGACCGUCAGCACCGAGGUGAUUGGCGGUGUGGUGGGUGUAUCGCACCCCGGGAACACGCGGACGUACUACUCCCCCCAAGUGGUGGCCCGUCGUGUUACCUGAGCCGCACGAUGAAUCGCGGUGAUGGGCUGGUGCAGCGACGACGCGUGGUGAACAGCGGCGGCGGUGGCGGCGGCGCCGGCGGCGGUGGCAGCGGCCACGGCCAGGACGGCUCGAACGCGGACCUCGUGCACAACGACAAGCUGUCCGGUCAAAGCCCGGACUCGGACUGCCUGUCCCAGAAAGAUCUCAACUGUAAUCCCACCACCGACGACGACUCCGACAAGGAGACGCGUCUGACCCUCAUGGAGGAGGUCCUGCUGCUCGGUCUCAAGGACAAAGAGGGAUACACGUCCUUCUGGAACGAUUGCAUAAGUUCCGGAUUAAGAGGAUGUAUCUUGGCGGAACUUGCCUUUCGGGGUAGGGUGGAGCUGGAGAAGGCUGGCAUGCGUAAGAAGAGCCUGCUGGCCAGGAAGCUUCUGUUGAAAAACGACGCGCCUACGGGAGACGUAUUGUUGGACGAAGCUUUGAAACACUUGAAGGACACAGACCCUCCUGAAACUGUGCAGAAUUGGAUAGAGUACCUCAGCGGAGAAACAUGGAAUCCCUUGAAAUUAAGGUAUCAAUUGAAAAAUGUGAGAGAACGGCUAGCGAAAAAUCUUGUCGAGAAAGGUGUCUUAACUACGGAGAAACAAAAUUUCUUACUGUUUGAUAUGACGACUCAUCCUCUUACCGACAACCUUGCCAAAAGUCGUCUCGUGAAAAAGAUCCAAGAAGCUGUAUUAGGCCGUUGGGUGAAUGAUGCCGCUCGCAUGGAUAGACGAACAUUGGCAUUAGUUAUUUUAGCUCAUGCAGCUGAUGUACUAGAAAAUGCAUUUGCGCCAUUGUCGGACGACGAUUACGAAGUAGCGAUGCGAAGAGUACGGACAUUAUUAGACCUCGACUUUGAGGCGGAAGCCGCUAAACGUAACGCGAAUCCGGUACUUUGGGCUGUAUUUGCUACAUUCACCAAGUAACAGUUACUAACUCUUAAAUUUCGUGGACGCGGAAUAGUUUUAUACUAUUAAAUUCUAUUAUGUAUUAUACAAUACUAUUAUUCUUAUACUAAUGUGAAUAAUGAACUUAAUGAUUUCUUUUAGUCGCGACAAUUAUGCAAAAUAGAAAGAUACAAUCCUUGUUACAUGAUAAAAUUAUUCAGACCAAAUAAUCCAUAUUCGUCUACAUAGGAAACUUUUAAGAAAUUUUAUUCAUUUCCGUUAUUGUUAUUUAAUGCAUAUUUGAUAUAGCUAAAUAUAACGAAUAUUCGUAUUUAAAUAUUAUGAAAUAAUAAGAAGCGUGAAUGUAUGCCUUGUGCUGGGUAGCACUAUUUCGUUUAGGAAAGAAUGAUCACAUUGUAUUAAAGUCUGUACUUUCUUGCUUAUCCAUUGUGUUUACGAAUGUGUAUCUGUUCAUAAACAUAAGACGCAGGACACUAUGCGGGGUGGAUACUGGGUGUGUUAGUGUUGAAGAAAUCUGGAUUAUAUGUUCUUAGCCAUAAUUUUGUGAAAUAUACAAGUAUGUACAUAUAUUCCUUUAAAUCCUAAUUUUUAAUAUAGUAUAUACAUGUGCCUCUUUGUUUAUGUCAUAUAGAAUUUCGCGUUACAUCCGCGAGUCAUUUAUAUUAAACAGCAUUUUUCUAAAUAUUUUAAGUUUAAUUAAUCUAUACAUGCAUUUUAAAUCUUUCUCCAGAAACGAAUUUUAGAUAUUUUUAAACCGUUAAUUAUUUCACUUAUGUCAAUAAUACUGAUAGAUAUGAUUUUACACAUGGCUGACCUCGUGCGAUUUUACGCGAAGUGCCACAUUUCUGUUAACUUUGAAAACUUUUGUAAGAAAUUCUCUGCACAAUAGCUUCUAUAGAAAUGUUCACUUUUCAUACAGACCAUUAUAUUGAUGCAAUGUCUUCUGAUAUAUAUAAACAGAUUGUACUGAUAGUAUUAUCAUGUGGCAGUAAAGUAUUCAGAUUUAAAAGGAAAAAGUGAUGAAUUAUUUAUUAUUGAUUACCGAUAUUUUUUGUUAUUCAAAAUUUCUUAGAUAAGUGAUAAUUUUAUUGUAAUCUGAUAGUUGAAUAUAUAAAUUAGUGUUACAAGCUGCUUGUCCUGAGACUAUUAAAUAUAAUAACAAAAUCAACUUUUGGUAGUUGAAAUUUGUUAAUGUCCUUUGUGCAAUAACUGAGAUAUUUAUUGGGCCAAAAGAGCAUGGGGCUAAGCUUCCUUAUUUUUAAAUUAAAAGAUUUAAUUUUUCAAUUUUUUCUUUGGUUUAAAAGAACGUGUCUAAAACAUUUUUCAAAAUUCAUAAAAAUAAAUAUGCGAAAUAUCCUACGCAUGAAAGCAUUAUCUAAAUAAUUCUAUCUUUAUUUUCAAACAAGAAUAGAUCACUGUAAAUUCUUGUAAAUAAUUAUUGUGAAAAUAAUUUCUCAGAUUAUAAUUUGUCAAUAAACUUUAAUGAAUAUUGGAUUCUAUUGUUGGAUAGAAUAUAUACCUGUAUAUUAUAAGAACAGCAUAAAAUGUAUCGAAAAAGACUUAUAGUUACUUGUCAUAAAAUAAUUGUAAUAUAAAUUCAAAUAUUUCUGUUUAUUCAUGUACUUUAUUAAUCGCUGAUAUAUAGAUAUGCAUGUAAAAUGUACAGAUAUAGUAAGAACAUGAAUAGAUCAUUUGAGAAGUAGGUGCCAAUCGGCCAUAAGAAAAAGGGUGUAUUUUAUAGAAAAAUUCCUUCUCACUUUUAUACUUUAUUUUCAAUUCUUUAUUAAAAAUAAAGUACGGGAACGAAUUGUAGUCAUUCAGAGUAAUAGUCAAAAUCAAUUUUUAAUUAAUACUUUUUCAAGUAUUUUAAAUUCUUUACGAUCUCGGCACUUACUUUCCAAAUGAACUUUGUAGAAUGCACAUUAGAUUGACAUGAAUAGAAAGUUGGAUUACAAUAAUAUGGUGGGAUAUCAAGUGAUUUGCAAUCAUCAUUUUACAUAGAUAAUGUUUUAUCUAUCAUCAAAUUUUAACUAAGAUCCAAUUUUUACUAUUUGAUUCUAAUACCUAUAAUAUAUAAUAAUGUUAAUUCUUUGUCACUGUCAAGACUUUGUCUUGUUCUUGGAUAGUAAUGCAGACAUAUAUAUCCUUUAUAAAUUUUUAUAAUGGAUAUUAAAAAUUGUGGAGAAAUCGUCAAAUAUAUUAUUAAUCCAUUGCUAUUUCAUCUAAAAGCUUGCUGGACAAGCAUAUGUCAGCACAUGAAUCAAGUUUAUUCAUAAUGAUAAUAAUAAUUAAACUAUAAUGCAUUCAAGUAAUUUACUUGAAUAAGUUGUUUGCUUUAAAAUGUAUUAUAGUUAUAUAAUUAUUGUUAUUACUUCAUUAUUCGUGAUUAUAAUUUAUUAAAAUUAUUGUUAAUAUUAUCAGCUUUUACUACAGCCAACAGAUACAUUUACAAGUAACUAGAAAAGUUUUAUGAAAAGUUUUUUGUGAAUACAUACAUAUAUACUAUAUAAAUAGAUUUCUAUUAUAUUUAGUCUGUGAAAAUCCAUUGAUGAGGAAACUCUAUUGCCACUUGGUAAAACAACUAUCUCUUUCAUGAUGUUCUGAUGUGGAAAAUCGAAUACAAUGAAAUAAAUUCUACUUAAGUAUGGAGCAGAAUAUACAAUGUUUUAUAUAUACAUAUAUAAUGAUGAUAAAAUACAUAUUUGCCACUAAUGCUAUGUGCGAGAUCUAAAUCUCUCUCGAAUUUUAUCAAUUAUAAGCGUACAUGGCAUUAUUCGCAGUUGAAGUUUUAUAAUAAAAAACAUAUCUUUAUAUAUGAAUAUUUGUUACAAAAAUCUAUGAAUCAAAAAUUCUAUCGAGUUCUUGCAUUGUCUAAUUAUCAAUUUAAAAGAUUAGUCCUACUAAUCGUUAUACGGUUAGAUGGACGUUAAAUCGGGUCAUACUUGUUAAAAUUAUUUUUCUUACAUUUUAUAAUUUAAAAUUUAUUGCAACAUUGGUGCAACCAGGCCCUAGUGUGAUAAAUUUAUUAUACUUAAAGUAUAUGUAUGAAGCGUCAAAUUAAUGUCAAAUUAUUUAAAUCAAAGAAUUUAAUUUUAUAUAUUUGAAUACUUUGUAUAAACAUAGUAUUGUAUUCUUACAGGCUUGCUUUAUAAUUUUAUGUGCACAUACGUAUGUAAUAUAUCGCCGAUUAAAGUUCAAUAAAUAAGAAAUAAUCAA